GUUUGCUACACGGCGGGUUUUGGAAUUGAAGGUCACUCCAAGCAAGUUAUUGAUGUCCAGCUUUAAUUAGUCUGUAUGGGGCAUACCCUUAUUGGUAGUAAAGAAUAUUGACAAGUUAAUAUUCCUUAUUUGUAUUCCGAAAUUGGAAAGUUCACUGGUCCUGGUUUUCUGAGCAAAAUAGCCUCGAAAUUUUUCUGGAUAUCGUCAUUUAUUUUAUGCAGGUUCUUGUAAACAAUGGACGAUCGACCAGUUAGUGGUGUAGGCGCUUACAAAAUUAAUUGGGAUGAAAUUGAUGAAAUGUCAAAUCCAUUUGGAAGUGGUGGUAUAGGUCUUCCAGCUAAAAAUCAACUUAAGUCUGUUACUAAAUCAUCCGCCCAAGGAGAUCGCCCAAACGAUAACAUAAAUCAACCAACAAACUUAUCAGUUGACUCCAAUCCUGAGAAACUACCAAAGAAAUCUUUACAGAACCCUCAACCGCUACCCAAACCUCUCCCCAAGUCUAAUAACUAUACUGAAGUCAAGCAAUCCCUGAGUCCCCUGUCGUCUGAAGCGUCGCCUGUGGUGGUGAACGGACAGGACGUGCCUAAAGACGUCCAAAAGGGAAAUGUUCCUCAUUGUAAUGGUGAACUGCUUUCAACUCCAGUUCCCCAAUCAGUCCCAUCUCCUGAAGAGAUAUGUGAAGCAUUACAAAGUGUUAUUGAUCUCCAGUCUGACAUACCUCCUGAUGUCGCUAAUAACUUAGAAGUUGCACAAGAUCAUUCUAACGAAUCCGAUCCAAAUUUAGGUGAAACUAUGGAAAAUAAUGUUGAAAACAAUAACGUUAUUCCUGAUGUUAUGCAAACUUCACGUAUUGAUUCAUCAACUCGACCAGCAUCACCAGCUCAAGCUGGAAUGCUUAACAAGUCAGAUACACCUUUAGUAAAUGGAAAAGAAAACUCUCAGCUACCUCCUCAAUAUCCGUUUAAAUCAUCACGAGAUUCUAAAUCAAAUGAUACAGAAUUAAUUGCACUACGCAAGGAACGAGAUCAACUUUUAACUACAAUUGAAGAGAUGAAACAUUGUAUCACAGAGUAUGAUCGUAGUUUACAGCAUAUGGUUGAAGAGAAAGCUCAUAGUCAAAGAGAAGUCAAUAUUCCAGUAGCUGAUUUAAUUAAAGAACGUGAUGAAGCUGUAGAAGAGUUAGCUACUAUUGAGAAAGCUUUUGGGGAUUUACACAGACGUUUUGAGAAAUCGAAACAAAUUAUAGAAGGUUUUAAACAGAAUGAAGAGGCUCUAAAAAAGAGCAUCGAUGAGUAUAAAAAUUUAUUACAACGUCAGGAAAGAAAAUAUUUAGCUUUGAAAAAACACGCUGAAGAUCAGUUGUUAAAAGUAAAUCAAGACACAGAAGGAAUAAAACAAGAAUAUGAAACAAAUCUAACUCGAUUACAGGCUUCAUUAAGAAUUUCUGAACUUCAGGUUAAGAGUCUUGAAUCUCAGUUACAGCAAAAGACUCGUGAAAAUGAAGAAUUAACUAAAAUAUGUGAUGAACUAUUAAGUAAAUACGGUGGAAUAACAUGAUGUCAUCAUGAAAAUGUUACAGAUAUUAUUUGUGUAUAAUGGAAAACAAAUGAUGAGUUUUCAAUUUAUUUUAUUUUUCAAAACAUUUUUUCCUACAUACCUAAAUCGUCUUCUUCUAGAUGACGACGAAGAAGAAGAAAAUGACAAUGUAGAAUCAGAAGGAGUUAUUGAUGAAGAUAUCUACCCAUAUACAUAUACAUAAAAUAGGAAGAAAUUUAUUAACUGUUAUUAUUUUUGUUCUUAUUUCCACCUCCAUUUGAAUGUGUUUGUGUGUGUAUAUUGAAAUAAACAUUUUCUCUCUUACCUAACGCUUACGCCAUUUAGCAUAUAUAUAUAUAUAUAUAUAUAUAUAUAUAUAUAUAUAUAUAUAUAUGGAGAGAGAGAGAGAUGCAUCUGUAUGUUUUGUGUUGUUGAUUGCUUUCGUUUUGUUUGGUUUAUUGUAAAGUGCCUAAUGCAUUUUUUAAACUCAUUUUAAUUCUGUGCUUAAAAGUGGAAACAAAGAAGAUUUAAUAUGAUGAUACAACACUAUCAAAAAUCUUAAUUUGUAAACUAUAGAUCUUGAUCUCUGUUAUUAUUGUUGUUUAAUCACUGUUCAGUCUUGAAUACUUUUGACUGUAAUAGUUGCGACACUUGAAAGUACUUUCCUUUUAUCAUUAUAUAUAUAUGGACCCAUACACACAUACCAACUAACUUAGACUGUUAUAUUUAUCUACUCGAGCAGAUAUAUCACUCAAAUAUAAUACAUUGCAAAUAAAAUUAUAUUAAAAUUUUGGUACUGUUUGUAAUAUCAUAGUGUUGAAAUCUUUUGAGUUUAAGAAGAAAAAGACUUCUUUUGCUCUGAUUGUUGUUGUUUCAACGCUGUAGUUUGUUCUAGUAAAACUUAAGCAUUAAAAUAUAUAUGAUCUCAGUUCCGCCUAAAAUGUCCAGUAAGUGUCAAUGAACAGCUUGGAGUUUGAUUAUGUAUGCAUUAUAAAUUUUUGAUUAUAAAAUAUUCUUUUGG